CAUUUUUACUGUGGACCAACCAAAGGUCGUUCUCUUCUGAGCUCGCCUCCUGCAUCCAUCUAGCUCUAGCCUAAUUCCUCUCCUCCCUGUCUACUCCCCUACCCUACCCUACCCAUGUCUGGCUUGCUGGCAGACAGACUGACGCGCUACUGUGUACCAGGCCCUGUUAGAAACCAUUCACCCAUAGCCCUGACUGGGGUGGUCUAGCUCUGUGUCUCUUUCUAUUGCUCGGGGCGGAUACUCCCUGAAUGGAUACACCGAGGGAGGCUGUUAGCUGAUAUCGACGGGAGGAAAACAUAUCAAGGAGGAACCCACUGCUGUCGUCGAAUUCGAGGUGGUUAGGUGUUAGGCAUUUACCUGGUGACAAGCCCCUCCUGACUGAGCCCCUCUAUAGUCGCGGCCGCAUAUCCCCACUGACAGGCAUCAUGGCGGGGGCUUCAGUGAAGGUGGCCGUCCGGGUCCGUCCCUUCAACUCUCGAGAGAUCGGGAAGGACAGCAAGUGCAUCAUCCAGAUGUCAGGGAACACCACAACAAUCAUAAACCCCAAACAGCCGAAGGAGAACAAGAGCUAUAACUUCGACUACUCUUACUGGUCACACACAACACCGGAGGACAUCAACUAUCAUUCUCAGAAGCAGGUGUACAAGGACAUUGGGGAGGAGAUGUUGCUGCAUGCCUUUGAGGGAUACAAUGUUUGUAUCUUUGCAUAUGGCCAGACUGGAUCUGGGAAGAGCUACACCAUGAUGGGCAAGCAGGACCAGAAGGAUCAGCAAGGCAUCAUCCCUCUGCUGUGUGAGGACCUCUUCACCAAGAUAAGUGACAGCAAUAAGGAAAACAGCUUGUCCUACUCCGUGGAGGUGAGCUACAUGGAGAUCUACUGUGAGCGUGUGCGGGACCUGCUGAACCCGAAGAACAAGGGGAACCUGCGUGUGAGAGAGCACCCCUUGAUGGGGCCCUACGUGGAGGACCUGUCCAAGCUGGCCGUUACCUCCUACAAUGACAUCCAGGACCUCAUGGAGUCUGGCAACAAGGCCAGGACGGUGGCAGCCACCAACAUGAACGAGACCAGCAGCCGCUCUCACGCUGUCUUCAACAUCAUCUUCACGCAGAAGAAACACGACAUGGAUUCAGAAAACACAUCUGAGAAGGUGAGCAAGAUCAGCCUGGUGGAUCUGGCUGGGAGUGAGAGAGCAGACUCUACAGGAGCCAAAGGAACCAGGCUGAAGGAAGGAGCAAAUAUCAAUAAAUCUUUGACCACACUGGGGAAAGUCAUCUCUGCAUUAGCUGAAGUGGACUCAGCACCAAAUAAGAACAAGAAGAAGAAGAAGGUGGAGAACCACAUCCCCUAUAGAGACUCAGUGCUGACCUGGCUUCUUAGAGAGAACCUGGGAGGUAACUCUCGCACCGCCAUGGUGGCAGCCCUCAGCCCUGCUGACAUCAACUAUGACGAGACCCUGAGCACCCUCAGGUAUGCUGACCGCGCCAAACAGAUCCGCUGUAACGCCGUCAUCAACGAGGACCCCAACAACCGUCUGGUGCGUGAGCUGAAGGAGGAGGUGUGCCGGCUCAAGGACCUCCUCUACGCCCAGGGCCUGGGAGAUAUCAUAGACACGUAUCGAUGUCCCGAUCCUGUGAUAGCUGGUUUGAAAAACUUGUGCGAUUACAAGAACUUUGUCAAUAAUCGCCAGGCUGUCAAUCAAACGGGUGAUCUAUCCACAGUGACCAAUGCCAUGACUGGGAUGAGCCCUUCCCCCUCUCUCUCCGCCCUGUCCAGCCGUGCGGGCUCCGUGGCAAACCUGCAUGACCGCAUCUUCAGCCCUGCCUCUGAGGAGGCCAUAGAGAGACUCAAGGAAACAGAGAAAAUCAUUGCUGAGCUCAAUGAGACAUGGGAGGAGAAGCUGCGCCGUACUGAAGAUAUCAGGAUGCAGAGGGAGGCCCUACUGGCUGAGAUGGGUGUGGCCAUGAGAGAAGAUGGAGGCACCGUGGGCGUGUUCUCCCCCAAGAAGACCCCUCACCUGGUGAACCUGAAUGAGGACCCACUGAUGUCUGAGUGCUUACUCUACUACAUCAAAGACGGGACCACCAAGGUUGGACGUGACGACGCCAGAAGUCGCCAGGACAUCGUGCUCAGUGGCCAUUUCAUCCAAGACGAGCACUGCACCUUCAGUAGCACCGCAGGCUCCGGCGGAGAAGAUGAUGAUGACACAGGGAACGUCAUCCUGGAGCCCUGCGAGGGGGCGGAGAUCUACGUCAACGGGAAACUGGUGACCACGCCUACUCUGCUUCGUUCAGGGAACCGCAUUAUCAUGGGGAAGAGCCACGUGUUCCGCUUCAAUGACCCGGAGCAGGCGCGGCAGGAGCGGGAGAGGACCCCCUGCGCCGAGACCCCCGUGGAGCCCGUGGACUGGGCCUUCGCCCAGAGAGAGCUGCUGGAGAAACAGGGCAUCGACAUGAAGCAGGAGAUGGAGUCAAGGCUUCAAGAGUUAGAAGAUCAAUACCGCCGAGAACGAGAGGAGGCCAGUAACCUUCUGGAACAACAGAGACUGGACUAUGAGAGUAAACUGGAAGCCCUGCAGAAACAGGUGGACAGAAACUCCCGUUACCUGGAGUCCCCAGACGAAGAAGAGGAGCCUGAGGAGGAAGUCUUUCCCAUAGUUCCGUGGACAAAGCGUGAGAUGGAGCUUGCAUCCUGGGCGUUCCGUAAGUGGCGUUUCUACCAGUUCACCUCCCUCAGGGACCUGCUGUGGGGCAAUGCCAUCUUCCUCAAGGAAGCCAACGCCAUCAGUGUGGAGCUCAAGAAGAAGGUCCAGUUCCAGUUUGUGCUGCUGACAGACACACUGUACUCCCCGUUGCCCCCGGACCUGCUGCCCCCCAGCGUGGCCAUGGAGCGGGAGAAACGGCCCUUCCCCAGCACCAUCGUAGCUGUGGAGGUCCAGGACCAGAAGAACGGGGCCACACACUACUGGACCCUGGAGAAACUCAGACAGAGGCUGGACCUGAUGAGGGAGAUGUACGACCGUGCGGCGGAGGUGCCUAGCAGCACUGUGGAGGACUGUGACCAGGCUCUGACCGGAGGAGACCCCUUCUAUGACCGCUUCCCAUGGUUCCGUCUGGUGGGCAGGGCUUUUGUGUACCUGAGUAACCUGCUAUACCCCGUGCCACUCGUGCACCGCGUGGCCAUCGUCAGUGAGAAGGGAGAGGUGAAGGGCUUCCUCAGGGUGGCAGUGCAGGCCAUCUCAGCUGAUGAAGAAGCCCCUGACUAUGGUUCUGGCGUUAGGCAGUCAGGAACCGCCAAGAUAUCCUUUGAGGACCAACAGUUUGAGAAGUUCCAGACAGAGUCGUGUUCCGGCGGCAUGUCCCAUUCUAACACCUCUCACGAAGAGCUACGCUUCGUGGAAGGGGAGGGACAGAACUCUGAUGUAGGAGCUGACCCUGACGAGGUCAACAACAACACCUGUGCAGACUUGUCCCCCGUCACAGCCACACCAGAGGUCCCCAGGAGCCCACUGAAGGGUGGUCUGGGUCUGGAGCUGGGUCUGGAGAAGGACCUGUCUCACCUUCACAUAGGCUCCACCUUCACCUUCAGGGUCACAGUGCUGCAGGCCUCCAGCAUUUCCGCUGAGUAUGCUGACAUCUUCUGCCAGUUCAACUUCAUCCACCGACAUGAUGAGGCUUUCUCCACUGAGCCACUGAAGAACACAGGCAGAGGACCUCCUCUGGGAUUCUACCAUGUACAGAAUAUCACGGUAGAGGUUACCAAGUCGUUUGUGGAGUACAUCAAGACCCAGCCCAUCGUCUUUGAGGUGUUUGGCCACUACCAGAAACAUCCAUUCCCACCCCUCUGCAAAGACCUCAUCAGUUCACACUUCUAUUUCAGUCCCCUUCGACCUUCUAGGAGGCAGUUCCCAAGGGUCAUGCCCUUGUCUAAACCAGUACCAGCCACCAAGCUGAAUACCCUGACCCGUUCCACGGCCGGCCCAUGCCACUCCAAAUAUGACCUCAUGGCCUUCUUCGAGAUCUGUGAGCUGGAGGCCAAUGGAGACUACAUCCCUUCAGUGGUGGACCACAGAGGGGGCAUGCCCUGCCACGGAACCUUCCUGCUUCAUCAGGGCAUCCAGCGGAGGAUCACGGUCACCAUAGCGCACGAGACAGGAAAUGACGUGGAGUGGAAGGAGGUCAAGGAGCUGGUGGUGGGGCGGAUCCGGAAUACUCCAGAGGCUGAUGAGACCAUCAUCGACCCCAACAUCCUGUCUCUCAACAUUCUAUCUGCGGGCUACAUCUGGCCCUCAUAUAAUGACAAUAUGUCCCUGGGAGUUGACCAUAGGACGUUUUACCGAUUUGAGGCGGCGUGGGAUAGCUCCAUGCACAACUCCCUCCUCCUGAACCGUGUCACUCCCUAUGGUGAAAAGAUCUACAUCACUCUCUCCGCAUACCUAGAGAUGGAGAACUGCACCCAACCAACAGUGAUCACCAAAGACUUCUGUAUGGUGUUCUACUCCCGUGACGCCAAGCUCCCCGCCUCACGCUCCAUCAGGAACCUCUUCAGCACCGGCUGUCUCAGGCCCUCAGAGAGUAAUCGUGUCACUGGAGUGUAUGAAGUCAGUCUCUGCCAUGUCGCUGAUGCCGGAAGUCCCGGCAUGCAGCGGCGGCGCAGGCGCGUCUUGGACACCUCGGUGGCAUACGUCCGUGGGGAAGAGAACCUGGCUGGCUGGAGGCCCCGUAGCGACAGCCUCAUCCUGGACCACCAAUGGGAGCUGGAGAAACUCAGCCUUCUGCAGGAGGUGGAGAAGACCAGGCACUACCUGCUGCUGCGGGAGAAACUGGAGGCCACCCUGGCAGUGGGGCAGGACGCUCUCUGCAAGAGUGGUGACCUUAGCGACUUUGCCAAGAGCCCCAUCCUCAGCCACUGCCCCGGGGGUAGCCCCGCCCUGGAGAGCCCCAGCCAGAGGCAGAGGGAGCUGGCUGCCAAGUGUCUGCGGCUGCUCAUGCACACGUUCAACAGGGAGUACAGCCAGGUGAGCAGCAGUGCCAGUGAGAGCAAGCUGUCUGAGAUGUCAGCGUCGCUGAUGUCUCCAUCCUCUUCUAGUCUGAGCACGCUAACUCCGUCCUCUACUUGCCCCUCAUUGGUGGAGGGACAUUAUGACAUCAGACACACUGAGCCCAUCUCUGGCGCUUCCAGCCCAGACCUGGACCCCUUCAGUCCUGUGGACAAGAAGAGGACCCUGGGUAGAGGCUGCACCUUCGUCCCUGACAUCCAGGAGAUCCGCGUCAGCCCCAUCGUGUCUAAGAAAGGCUACCUACACUUCCUGGAGCCCCACACCAGUGGUUGGGUGAAGCGCUAUGUAGUGGUGCGCCGGCCCUACGUCUACCUGUACCGCAACGAGAGGGACAGCGUGGAGCGUUCCGUCAUCAACCUCUCCUCCGCCCAGGUGGAAUACAGCGAGGACAAGCAGACUCUGCUCCGGACUCCAAACACAUUUGCAGUGUGCACCGAACAUCGUGGAAUACUCCUCCAGGCCAGUAAUGACAAGGAGAUGCAUGACUGGCUGUAUGCUUUUAACCCCCUGCUCGCCGGAACCAUCAGGUCUAAGCUCUCCAGAAGAAAGUCAGGCCAGAGGAUGUGAGAAACAGGAACACCUGCUGUCGGGGGGGGGGGGGCAUCUGAAAUCUCCACGGACCCUCUGCUGUAUAUACCUUAUCUAAACAGCUCUCCUGCGCUGCUCUCCAUCCUAACAGUGCUCCAUCCUGUCGCUGAUAACGUCCUCAAACAGCACUUAAAACCAUCCCAGCCGAUCUCCUAUUUGACGCCUCUUCCUGGUUACCUGGAUCAUGCAUGGUAUAAACUACCCAUUAAAGACCAUUAAAACCCAUAUACUGUAAGACUAACUAACAACACAACCCUGAGUAGUGGGGCUUAGCUCCGCUGGCUGUGAUGCUCCUUAUUGUCAUGUGUAUGUAGACCUUACCUUCCAGGCUUACAGACCCCUAUAGGGUUUAGCCAAACAAAGGAAGAAUAUAACGUUUAUGUCUUAGUCCGAGUUGUUAUCAGUUCCAACAUCAUGCAACUUACUGCUACCACCCACUAUUUGUAUAUGAUGCCCCAUAUCCAAACCUCUCGUGUAUUUCUUAUAAACACUGUAGUCUAAUAAGAAAAAGAAUCAUGGGAAAAUGGUAUAUUCCCUUUUCUAGUCCUCUCAUAAGAUAUCUCUGUGUCUGUGUGUGUGUGUUUAGUGCAGGGAAGAUGGCAGUACCUAUCAAUGCUCUUUCUCAUGUUAAAACAGCGGAUCCAUACUGUAACUCGUUGUCAUUGCAUCUGUUUUGUAUCCAAGGUUUUGGACGAUAUACAGUGCGAUAGAUGGGAUGCUGUGAAGGUACAUUGGACAGUGUAGGGUGAAAAGUGACAUAAUCGGACAAUGUUUUGUUGCCAAUGUUUUGGACAGAAUACAGUGGGAUAGAAUUGUAAUAGUUGGGUAAUAUGAUGGAUAGAAUAUGAUAGGACAAUAGGAUGACUCUUUGGCCUCCAUGUUUGGAUAAUGGUGAGUUCGCUGUGCUGACAUUUCAUAGUAACACGUUUGCUACAGUAGAGUAUAAAGUAUGUAAUUUCGCUGGCUGCCUGACAGUGGA